AAAAAGCAUGGAGCAUGUACAAGAGUUCGUCACCAAAUACCUCCCCAUCCCCAGCCUGCUCCCCGCCUGGACACUCCUCGUCGGCACAACAGCGAUCAUCAACGGCCUGCAGAAUUUCCUCGGAGACUCUGGGUCAAAGCUCGUAUAUAUCAAAGGGGCGAAGAAGGGGCUUGUGAACCCACUGCAGGCGAGGAACUUCGGGCUGUGGACGCUGACUGCUGGGGUGGUACGGCUGUAUGCAGCGUACAACAUCACGAAUGCGGCUGUAUACGAUAUCGCUAUUGCGACAUACGUGAUCGCCGCCGUACAUUUCUUCACCGAGCUCCUCGUCUUCGGCACCUGCGGCCUGACAGGAGGUGCCAUCAGUCCUAUUGUCGUUGCCUCAAGCUCACUCUUUUGGAUGAUAAGUCAACGCGCGUUUUACUUGGGCGGUUGAUUCUGCACCAGUUCAGCUAGUCACUGUUGAAU